AAAAUUUCCUUUCCUAGACGAGCACCUUUUUUUUCAUUUCAGAAACUCAAGCAGGUAAAUCGAGAGAAAAGUUCGGAAAAGUUAGAAUGUAAUAUUUGUAAUUUCUUAAAGACAUUAAAUUAAGAAAACUAUUUAAUUUUCGGUACAAAGUAUAUAAAAAGAAGGACGCGUUUAUCAAACACAGAACUCGUAGAUAAUCAAAUCAUAUACACCUCAGCGCCAACGCAUUCACUUGCACGAGUAUCAAACCCCCUAUAAAGGAAGUGCAGCAUACGAAUCGGUGAUAAAGGAAUAAAAAAAUUGUGAAAAAAAUUUAAGGGAAAAUUGCUGGAAACAUGUCGGCGGCGCAAGUUGAAGUGCAACAAAACAAUGAGGAUAAAACAUUGGGUGGAGUGAGUAAAGCACCCACUAAAGACACCGACUCAACCGCCUCCUCCCUCAAUAACGCGUUGAACGAGAAUAAUAAUGCAGUGGAAAAGACCACUAAUAUGGAUACGUCAACAACACCGCAAGAGCCAACUAACAAUGGUGUCGAUGAAGAAAAGGAUUUAGCCGAAAAUUACAAAAAUCAGGGAAAUGAGCUGUUGAAGAAGAAGGAAUUCACUAAAGCAAUUGAAAUGUACACGAAAGCUAUAGAGUUAUGUCCUUGUGCAAUAUACUAUGCCAACCGUUCACUAGCUCAUUUGCGAGAAGAGAGUUUUGGUUACGCGCUGCAAGACGGUAUUGCAGCUGUCAAAGCGGAUCCAACGUACUUGAAGGGCUAUUAUCGUCGUGCCGCAGCUCAAAUGUCACUCGGUAAAUUCAAGCAAGCGUUAGCCGAUUUUGAAUAUGUCUCAAAAUGUCGACCCAAUGACAAAGAUGCUAAACUUAAGUAUACGGAAUGCAAUAAAAUAGUUAAAAUGCGUGCUUUCGAACGUGCCAUCGCGGUUGAUACACCCGAAAAAACGUUAGCCGAAAUGUACAAAGAAUUAGAAGACAUAGCUAUCGAAGAUGCUUAUACGGGGCCGGCCCUCAAAGAUAACAAAGUAACAUUGGAAUUCAUGUUGGAGCUAAUGGAGCAUUACAAAAACCAAAAAAUUUUGCACCGUAAAUACGCUUAUAAAAUACUCUGCGAUGUUGACGAAUAUAUGCGGACGCAACCCUCGCUCGUUGACAUUAAUGUACCCGAUGAAUCGAAAUUUACAAUUUGUGGCGAUAUUCAUGGUCAGUUCUAUGAUCUUAUGAAUAUCUUCAAAAUAAAUGGCUUGCCAUCGCCGACGAAUCCAUAUCUAUUCAAUGGCGAUUUCGUUGAUAGAGGCUCUUUUUCUGUUGAGUGUAUAUUCACACUUUUCGGUUUUAAACUUUUAUAUCCGAAUCACUUCUUUAUGUCUCGUGGCAACCAUGAGAGCAUAAAUAUGAAUCACAUGUACGGCUUCACUGGUGAAGUAUCGGCAAAAUAUACCUCCCGCAUGGCUGAUAUGUUUACGCGUGUAUUCAAUUGGUUGCCGCUAUGCCAUUGCAUUAACAAGAAGAUUCUCGUUAUGCAUGGUGGUCUGUUUUCGAAAGACAAUGUCGUUUUAGAUGAUCUACGCUGCAUCGAUCGCAACUGCCAGCCACCAGAAGAGGGACUCAUGUGUGAACUAUUAUGGUCCGAUCCGCAAGCAUGGCCGGGACGUGGACCCUCGAAACGUGGUGUCGGCAUACAAUUCGGACCCGAUGUUACAAAAACAUUUUGUAACCGAAAUAAUCUGGAUUAUGUUGUACGCAGUCAUGAAGUCAAAGAUAUGGGUUACGAAGUCACACAUGAUGGCCAAUGUAUUACAGUGUUUUCAGCACCUAAUUACUGCGAUACUAUGGGCAAUAUGGGCGCUUUUAUAACAAUAAAAGGCAAUGAUUUGAAUCCGAAUUUCAAAUCAUUCGAAUCUGUGCCUCAUCCUGAUGUAAAGCCAAUGGCAUAUGCAAACAGCUUAAUGAGCAUGCUCUCCAUGUAGUUUAAGUUGACACUGUAUAGUAAUAUAAAAUUAGGGUGGCGUUUAAGCAAGUAUUGUAUAUCUUAAACAAGAAAACAAAAGAUACAAAAAGAAACUAAAAUCAAUAGACGAUAGAACAUAAAUAACAACAUGUCGUAUGAACACUACCGCAUUUUGAACUCAAAAAUUGCUCACGACAUAAAGUCACAGAGUUUCACAUUUAUAAAGAAAAAGGGUAAACUGGUGCUUAGUAUAGAAUCCCUAUAAUGAAAAAAAAAUGCAAACUACAAUCUAUUUUUAACUUGAAUGGUGAAAAACAACAAUUACUAUAUAAUUUUAAUAGUAUACCGUAUUGAGAACCGUUGAUUCAUUGUAUUCGAAAUACGCAUUUUUAGCGUAAAAACCGCUUCCUAAAAGCUUGGCUUUGUUGGCUUCUAUUUUACAAAUUUCCAAAACAAAAAAAAAACAAUAAUAAGAACGAAUUAAAUUACAUAACCUAUACAUUUAUGCAAAUACGAAUUGAUUUGAUUGAUUCUAGUUUUCAAUUUUUAAAGUCGAAAAUAAUGUUUGUUAAAAAGUCAGUUAAAAACACUUAAAAUGUGACGUACAAUAUUUUUUGCUGUUUACCAAUUUUCAAAUUGUAAUGCAAAUUGCAAAUUUUAUCAAUUAUAUUAAGUCAACCAAAAUCUAAAUUACGCCACAUUUUAGUUUUAUUUUACUGUAAAAAAAUGUAUACAAAAAGAGAAUGAAAAAUAUGUUUUGCUAUGAAAAUAUCCAGAAGCGGCGUUUCAUUCGUUUUUUUAACUAUAUAAUUUAAAAGUCUUGUGCAAAAAGCUCUACAUACUAUCAGGGUUGCAAAUAUUGAAUUAAACAAUUAAAGGUAUUCAUUUUUAAUUUUUAUUCCCGAAAAUUUUUAUUAAAACUUUUUUCUUAAUUUUUAAUCCUAAAUACGAGAUUGAAAAAUGAAGUUUUAAAAUUUCAAAAACCGGAUUAAAAUAUAUUUAAUCCCAAAUACCGGUUAAAAAAAAUAAUCCCAAACAUAAAAUUAAGAAUUAAAAACAAAAGAUUUAGAAUUACAAUUUUUUUCUCGUUUACGUUUUCUACCAUUUUGAACUAGAGCUCGCACUAUCAUCAUUUUCAAUUUUCUAGAACACUGGUCGGCAAACCUACGCGAUUUUGGCCACUUUUAAUUCUGAUUUUUGGGUUAAAAAUUAAAUUCUAUUAUAUAUAAACUUAUUUUAUUAUAUUAUAAAAAAAAAAAUUUAUUAAAAACUGGGAUUAAAAAUUGAAAAGUUUAUUUUUUUAAUUCAGUAGCAAAAAUUGAAAAUUCAAUUUUGUUAAAUUUUUUAAAUUUAAUCUUUUCAAAAUGUUAGGUACCUAACUACUAACAAAAUAGUUUUACUUUUAUUUCAAAUUUCUUAAUUUCAUUUAAAGUUAUGUUAACCGCUAUGUUUGAGUUUAGGUCUAGUGUAAGCAGUAUAAAACGAGAAAUUGUAAAGAAAACCAGCCGCAUAGAACAUAAAUUGGUGCAUGCAUGUUGCCGAAUGAAUUUAUCUCUCAUGAAUGUACGCCUGGCUGGGCUAGAUGCCACAUACUCUUAGUAACACAUACAUAUAUUUAUAUAUACAUAUAUAUAUUCUUAUUAAGUGUGAAAAUGGAAAAUUGCAUUUUGAUAUGCGUGAACUGGAAUGAAAACAAAGUAUAGAGCAAUUAAAACAAUACAUACGUACAUAUGUAUCAAAUUAAAAUUUUUAAUAAAGCGAACUUAAAAAAGUUUCAAAACA